UCAGCACAAUUAGAGUCGAUCCAGGGACACUACGAAGACCUGCGGAGUGGAUCCGAGGUGUCUGUGUCCACAUCACGUCCGAUUGGAACCAUGGUGUCGAAGGCAUCGCUUUCGCGGCCGACGACUCGGCAGAAGCGUCAUCAUUCCGGACCGACUGCCAUGGCGUCCAAGCGUACGCAAGAGACCGGUGACACGUCAAGCGCCGAGAAAGAGGCUGAGAAGCCUGUCCAAAUUGACAAGUGGGAUGGGUCUGCUGUGCGAAAUGCCCUAGACGACGCUGUGAAGAAGGUACUAACCGAAAAGUACGGCUACGUGGAAAACCACAGGCUGACCGACGGUCGACUGGCCAUCUGUAGCAUCGCUGUUGGAGCUGCGAUGUUUGCGCUCUUGUGGGACUUUUUGUACCCGUUUCCCGAGUCGAGAACGGUCCUCAUUGCCUGCGUGCUCUCCUACUUCUUCCUCAUGGGCGUCCUGACGCUGUACACCACCUUUCUUGAGAAAGGCAUCUUCCUCGUGGCGCUGCAAAAAGAUAAAACCGGCUUCGACCCCGACAGUGUCUGGACGGUGAGUUCAUCGCUGAAGCGCUUCGACCACAUGUAUCAUCUCCAGAUUCAUUACAAGGAUGGAAAGACGAAAAAGACGCGCGAGGCUAAACUCGAAAAGUCCAUCGCCAGCUGGUUCGACGAAAACGGCACCCUGGUCAGCGACCUCUUCGAUCCUGAGGUGUGCAAGCUACACAACAGCCUGUUGAGCGAGAAAAAGGAAAAGUGAACUGUUGUUCAUAUAUGAGGCACUAUUACUGUUCCCUGUGGUGUUUGGGUGAAUCAGGGUCCGGGAUUUUUUUUUUUUAACUUUUUUUUCUAAGCUAAUAAAGUAAUCGUCAUAACAUGUUAA